AGGAGCUGUGCGCUGACUUCAGCUCUACUCAGAAGAACAGGCAGGUUCUUCUGCAAAGGGGGAGGGGGAGAGGAAAAGCCAUUAUUUAUUCCUGAAAAGAAAGGAGCUGGGAAAAUAAAAAAAGCUACUGUACAGCUAGACAUACGCAUUUUAAAGAGAAGGAUGUUUUGGAAGACUCUGGUGCUGCUGCUGUUCUAUUACAGUGCUGAUGCCACUGUGACCCACAGAUGGAGCAGAGCUGUGCUUUUCCCAGCUGCUCAGAGAUUCAAGAGGUCCUCAGCUGCCUUCCUGAAUCCAGUGUUACAAAACUCGCUGGAAGAUGUGGUCCUGCUUUAUGAGUUUCUUUUAGCUGAGCUUGACAUCGACAAAGGUCAGAGGAUCUCCAUCAAAGAUGAGGAGCUGGCUUCCCUGAGGAAGGCUGCUGAGUUUGACACCAUCUGCAACGAGAUUAUCCCUAAGAGCAUCACAGAGAUCCGCAGGCUGAGCAGCAGGCUGUCUUCCUACCCGAGGGUCCUCAAGAAGGAAGAUUUUGAAAGGACAGUGCUGACCAUGGUCUACACAGCCUACAGAGCUGCUCAGUCCCAGGGGCACCAGAAAGACACUUGGGCUGAGUCCUUUGUCGGUCUCUACAAAGCCCUGAAGAACGACUUGAUGCUCCCAUACAACAAACAACCCUCUUAGUGGAAGGGGAGCAGCAGCUCAGCCACCUGCUCUGGUUGGGGAACGACACCUCGUAGCACGCCCACCACUUUAUUCUGUAAAGAGUUUAAUAGCCUGCUUCGUGAAAGAUUGUUCGUUUUCUGGCUCCCUCUUGUGGAGCCUGCUUUCUCGUUCCAUGCUAAAUGGUGAAAAACCUCUUCAGUCCUGAGAAUUCGGUUUUUGUGCUGGUUGGAGGCACGUUCUCUGACAGGAAAAGAAGGCAGUUUGGUGCACACCCAGACAGACCCUUGUUUCAGGCAAACCCUUGAUUCAUUCUUUGGGUUUCCUAUAAGCAAUACAUAAAUAUACUGUGCUUAUGCUCACAUGCUGCUGUGUAAGUGCUGCUUUCCUAGCUGGGGAAACAAGUUCAUGUUUUGGCUGGCCAGUAAGAGGAUAUUACACAGAGAUGAAGGCCUGCUGUAAAAGGAAGAGGUUUCAUAACUAUCAGCCUUCAGAAAUUAUGCCACAUAUUAUCCAUUCCAAAUGUUCUCAUAAAUAAACACCCUCUGAUUCACUUCAUUGGCUGAGCCAGUUUUUAAUUGCAAUAACAUUUUCAGAAGACAAAGGGCAUUGUGAAGACCAGCAGCAAACAAUGCCUGUGAACGUAUUCCCCUCUUCCUGGAGCUGUCCUCCCAAACAGUCUGCAGUGAUUAUUUCAUUAUUUGCACAUGACUUUGCUUCUGCUGCUUGUUUUUUGUGUGUUUGUUUUUUUUUUUUUUUUUAAAGAACAUGUAUUUGUCCUCAGUGGAAUCCAAGGCAAGACAAAAGCCCUAUUUAAUUCAAUAAUGACACAUUUUUCCUGGUUCUGUUGCUUGAACAUAGGUCAUCUAAACCUAUUCUCUACAAUCCCACUGAGGCAAGGGAGGAAGGUGCAUUAAAACAUACCUGGUGCUGAAUUUGGCACUGUGGCUCUUUUUUUUAACAGUAAGUUGUAUAUUCAUUUCAGUAUCCUUGUGUUUGUGUGUGUGUGUCUAUGUUCAUGCAUGUGUGUGCACAUGAGUGCUGAGUACGUAGAACAAUCCCAAAUUGUUCAGUCGGUGAACAAUUGCAUCUGACCACUUGGCAGAAAAGGCUAUUUACCAAUUCAGUGGUGCGAAUUAUGAAUUUGGGACUAGCAAAGGAAAAACUGUAGAAGUACUGCAACCAAUUAUAAUGAACUCCCAAAAAAGUCAUGAACGGAAAAGAGACAGAAAAUGGAGAUCUAUUUUGUCAGAAGGAUGACUAGCUAUCAAAAAUCCAGACUCUUCUAAAUCAAACCCAUAAUGUUUGUGCACAGGAGAUACAAACUCUGUUUUUCUAUUGAUAUUAGAGGUGCUUCUGCUUUUAGACCAUGGGAAAAUAGCUGAACAUAUAUUUCAUCCUUUCGUAUCAUCAUUCUCUAUUUUUCUAUUGCAUAAUAUAUUAAGAUGCAGGUCCAAAUCACAAAUCCCCAAGACUAAAACAGACCUAAGUAUUCCAGCCCAAGUUCUGUAUCAUGUUUAACUGUUUUUGCAUCACUUGAGCAAAAAGAAUUAAUUCUUCUGUGUCCCUUAACAGGGGUACUUC